GUGCAUAGCAGCCGCGCGCAGGCGUCCAAAGCUCCCAGUUUCGAGUUAAGCAGGAUGGGGUACGGCGUAUUGGCUGUCAGUGUUUUAUUUCUUAGUUUGUCUUUGAGUUUCUCCUCUCCUCAGAGUUAUGUCCUGGACGAUAACGAGGGCGUUGGGAGAGUUUUUGACGGAAUUGGAGGUUUGAGCGGCGGAGGGGCGACGUCUCGUUUACUGGUCAAUUACGCUGAGCCUUACCGCAGCCAGAUAUUAGACUACCUUUUUAAGCCAAACUUUGGAGCCUCUUUGCACAUACUGAAGGUGGAGAUUGGAGGAGACGCUCAAACUACUGAUGGAACGGAGCCUUCACACAUGCACUAUGAGAAUGAUGGGAACUACUUCCGAGGGUACGAGUGGUGGCUGAUGAAAGAGGCCAAGAAGAGGAAUCCAAAUAUCACACUCAUAGGAUUGCCCUGGGCGUUUCCUGGUUGGGUGGGCCACGGUAAGAACUGGCCCUAUGAUUACCCAGACAUCACUGCAACAUACGUGGUGAACUGGAUCCUUGGUGCCAAGCAGUACCAUGACCUGGACAUUGACUAUGUUGGGAUUUGGAAUGAGCGAAACUAUGACAGCAAGUACAUCAAGGUGCUCCGGAACACGUUGGAUAAAGUCGGUCUAACUGGUGUUGGCAUCAUCGCAGCAGAUGGCGAUUGGAGCAUCGCUAGUUCUAUGAUCGCUGACCUGUACCUUAAUGAAUCUGUUGAGGUGAUUGGGGCCCAUUACCCAGGCACCAACACAGUAAAGGACGCCCUAAAGACACAGAAGAAGCUGUGGUCUUCAGAGGACUACAGCACUUUCAAUGAUGAGGUGGGGGGAGGCUGCUGGGCUCGCAUCCUCAAUCAGAACUAUGUCAAUGGACUAAUGACGGCCACCAUUUCCUGGAAUCUGAUCGCAAGCUACUAUGAGGAGCUGCCAUUCGGCAGAGACGGGCUGAUGACAGCUGAGGAGCCCUGGAGCGGCAAUUAUGUGGUGGAGUCCCCUAUCUGGAUCACAGCCCACACCACACAGUUCACCCAGCCAGGAUGGACCUACUUGCAGACUGUUGGUCAUCUGGCACAAGGUGGAAGUUACGUAGCCCUGACUGACAAGAAAGGAAACCUCACUGUUGUCAUAGAAACCAUGACUCACAGUCAUUCAGUGUGCGUAAGACCUCCUCUCCCUCCCUUCAAUGUGACAUCCCAGAGUGCAACUUUCCAGCUGGAGGGAUCCUUUGCUUCCAUUAAGGAACUCCAAGUAUGGCGGUCACAGUUUAACUUCAAAACAAAAAAGCCCUCCUUCUUUGAGAAACUAACUCCACUAAAGGUUUUGAAUGGAUCAUUCACCUUAAACCUGGCUGAAGAUGAGGUGUACACAUUAACCACGAUGUCAACAGGACAGAAGGGCAGUUACCCUGACCCGCCUCCCUCUACCCGCUUCCCCAAAGUCUACAAGGACAACUUCAAUGUUCGAGACCCUCCUUUUUCAGAGGCUCCAUACUUUGCUGACCAGACGGGAGUGUUUGAAUACUAUAUCAACAUGACUGACCCUGGACCUCACGUCUUCACCUUACGACAGGUUCUGACUGAGAGACCCAUCACAUGGGCGACUGAUGCCGACCAGACCAUCAGUGUCAUAGGCGACUAUCAGUGGCAGAACCUGACACUUACAUGUGAUGUCUUCAUGGAGAGCAUUAAGACUGGUGGUGUGUUCAUAGCAGCCAGGGUGGAUAAAGGAGGCCAGUCAAUCCGCAGCGCUAAGGGAGUCUUCUACUGGGUGUUUGCAGAUGGCACAUACAAAGUUACCAAUGACCUUGCUGGACAAUCUGUACUCGCAGAGGGACAGUCUGGUAUCCGAGCAUAUGGUUGGCACACCUUAUCACUCACUGUGCAUGGUCAGUAUGCAUCAGGGCUGCUUAAUGGAUACCUGCUGUGGAAGAAUGCUGUAGUACUGACACCAAAGAAUGGCUGGGCUGCUAUAGGGACACACUCCUUUGAACUGGCUCAGUUUGAUAACUUUGCUGUGGCAGCAGAAUAUUGAUUCCACUGUGAAAUAAUGCUUUACACUGUGCACUGAAUAUUGUGAUUAAUUUAUUAAUACUUAGGUGUGCUAAAUGAUCAGAUUGUUUUUUCUGUGAAGUUAUUAAAAGUCUUGGGCACAAAAGGAGUUAAUUUGGCUUCAACAUUCACUAACCUAGGUACUCUAUCUGAUGAAAUUGUGAACAUUUGUUGGAGUGCAGGGUAGAACCUUCACAAUCAUGCUCCCUAACUGAGGCCAAGUACACUGAUAUGGCCAUAAGAGAAUCAAGGGUGUCCUUGAGUCUACAUCACAUCAAACUGUGGCCAGGUCUUGUUUAUUAAAAUCAUAGAUUGUACAUGAAGCCUGUGGUUAAGAUAGAUAAUGGAUCUGGGACCUGUGUGUAGGGUUCAUGCUGGGAUAUAGUCUUCAGUACCCAAGACUCUGGUAAGGCUGCUUUGCAUUGAUGCAAAUGGUGGAUUAAAGUUAAAUUUUUUAUGACGGGUGUCAAACAUACAGCCAGAACCAGCCCACCAAAGGGUCCGGUCCUGUCCACUGGAUGACUUUGCACACCUAACAUCGGUGCACUUGUGAAGGCUAAUAGGUUUGUAAGUCGGGAUAAUUGAACCUGCUUCCUCAAUAGCUUCCACAGUUUGGUGAUGCCAGUAUGACUACACAGGAGGAAAAAUGUAUGUGAAGAUGCAUAUGUGAUGACAGUGAGUGAUAGACUGACUGAAUGUGGAACAAUUGAGAUACAGUGUUGAAAUUUUUCUCGAGAUCUCAGGGUGUUCAUCAUUAGUUCUAUACAUGGAUGGACAUUUUAUACUUAUGUACACUAAAAGAAAGGGAGACAUCUUGAGAUGUUGUUAUUUAAAGAUUAUUAUGGAAUGAUCUCAAUUGCGACCCACUGCAGAUUAUCUUUGGCUGUAAUAUGGCUCAUGGAAUAAAAUUAGUUUGACAGCCCUGCA